GCGGUCCCACCGAAAAAUCGCACGGCGGGCAUUUUCCGGGCGCACGUCACUGUUAGUUUCGUUCGACGAGGUGCUCGUACCUCUCAUUCGUAAUCGUACGGUAUUUUGUGAAUUUGCAUUUCAAGUGCCAGUCGAUGUGAGGACGGUGGGUUUCAUGAGGGAUUAGCGAAAAACGAGCGGAGCCGAGAGAGACAGUGCCAAUAUGCGAGAGAAACGAUGGCUGCUGCUGCUCGCUCUGUAUGGAAUUCUAUUGGCCCACGCUGUCUCCGCAGCACUCAAGACAAGGCCAAAAUUUAAGAUUGCGACUACUUCCACAACAACGACCACCAGCACAACCGAGGUACCUCAAGAGGAAGAAAAUGAUCAAGCGAAUUCGGAGACAACAACAGUCACGAUCGAAACUAACGGAACGACUGGGCACACUUUAACGGGAAUUCCACAGAUCGACUACAUAUGGGAUCCGAAUUUACCGCGCGAAUUAAAUGGCUAUAAUCUCAGUGAUUAUCCAUUUUACAAUAGUAUACCCGAGGAUAUCGAUUUCAAAUGCGACGGCUUACACGACGGAUUCUACGCCAGCGUGCCACACAAGUGUCAGGUCUACCAUCAUUGUCUCUUUGGCACCCGCUAUGACUUCCUGUGCGCCAAUUUCACGGCGUUCGACCAGAAGACCUUCAUCUGUCACUUCGUAUCCGAAGUCGACUGUGCUAACUCCAAGAAAUAUUGGCACAGAAACGAUGCUCUUUACCAAGCUACUACAACUACGACUACUACUACGACCACCGUGGCGCCGGUCACUGUGCCGACUAGCAGAACUUCUGGACGUGAUCGAAUUCCACCUAGAAGAAGACCUCCAGCGAGAAGAAGACCCUAUGAUUAUUAUGAGGAAGAUUAUUAUGAUGAUGAGUACGAUCGCUCGCGAGAUUUCAUCGGCCGAGACGACUACGAGUACGACGAUCGGAAGUACAGGCGGGACCGGGAUCGUGAGUUCAGGGAUCGGGAUCGUGAUCGUGACUUCCGUGAUAGGGAUCCGCCAGCGCGCGGUAGAGAUGAUAGGGAUCGAGAUACCGCUAGGGACAGAUAUCCGGCAAGGGGGAAUAGAAGGGACCCAUCCAGGUCGAGGGAUCCGCUGGAGGAUGACUUGAGACCUCGGGGAAGAAAUCCGGAUCAAGGUAUCAGAUCUACAUCGAGAGAGGUAGAAGAUUCAGAUGUAUACGAUAGACGCCCAGAGUCGAGAAACAGAGAUACCGAUGAACGAAGAUAUUCCGAUAAGAGAUAUAGAGAUGAUUACGACGAUAAGGAACCUGCAGCACCUUCGGCGAGUGCGUCAUUUAAUGCGGAAGGUCUGGUGAAGCCGGCUGCACCUAGUAUUUCGGUUUAUUCGAGGCCAAGAACACCACCAAAGAUUAGACGGCCAGUACCACUUUCGGAACAAGAUAAAUAUGCGUAUAAAACUACUCCUGCGCAGCCAACAGAGGAGCCACGACGGCGACCAGCAGAUCUGGCAGAGGAUGAUUAUUACGAUGAUGAAUUAGAGGAUAUCAGACCGAGAAGGCCACUCAGAAGAAGACCUUCUUACAGAGAUAGAGACAGAGACAGAGAUAGAGAUUUCUAUGAAACUCGGGAUCGGGAUCGUCCCCUCAGAACUCGUUAUCAUUCACCGCCGGAAGAAGUACGACUAAGAACGCAUCAGGAUCGCUCGAGAGAUCGUUACUACGAUCGAGACAGAGAUCGAAAUAGGGAUCGAGCUCUCGAGCGUGGAAAAGAUCGCAGUCCCGAGAGAUCCUCAGAUCGCGAUUCACGAGGAAGGUCGCAAGAUUCUGAAAGACAAGAACGACCGUACUCGUCACGGGUUCUCGAUCGCGAGAGAGAAGCCGAACGAUCGCGAUCUUCCUCGAGAUCGAAGGAUCUAGUGGAUACCACUGAAGCAUCCAGAAGACCCAACUCGAACGAUAGAACAACCGAGAAGACUACAACUACAACCACUUCUACCACAACAACUACGACGACUUGUUUACCAGAACAGCUUAUUCAUAAACCUGAAGAAGACUCUAAAGACGCAGUGACCGAUCGAUCGGAAAAGCCAUCUUAUCCGGAACGACCAACUAGACCUAUUCAAACUCAAAGUAGUCGUGUGGUGAGCGAUAUUGAGGAUUAUCACAGAAAUUUGUCCGAGAAUUCUCAGAGAUUGUCUCAGCAAGUGGAUUACCAAGAUAGAGACCUAGAAGGUAGAAACGAACAGAAUCAUCAAAUCGCGUAUCCGGAUGAAUACUCUUCCGAGUAUUACGACGAGCCAUUGGAAGAGCCACCGUCUCCUCCUCCACCUCGAACCACCGUUCGAAUCGUGAAGAGGCCUUUCCUACCGUCUCGAGGCGGUAAUCCCAAUCCGAGAGGAUUAUCACCGGUCGGCUCUAAAGCACCGCAAUCGUCUAGAAGAGACGAAGAGACAACAACUGAUCAUCAAAGCACUUUAGGCGAGAAUGACUACAGGAAUUAUUACGUGCAAGACGAACAAGAAGAUAACAGAAACUUUAAUCAUCAGGCAUCACCUCUGCGAUCGGAUAAUAAGCAGACGUAUGACGCUUAUAAAACCGUACAAAGUGAUCUUCAGAAGAAACAACGUCAGGAAGAGUAUGAUAGCGCGAUAGCCAGACCGGCGUUACGAAAACCGAUAGAGAAGAAUAAUGAGGAGGGAGUUUCGAGAGGCCCAGAAGAUUUGUCAAACCCUUCCAAAGAAUACUCCACUCAGAAUCAGUCGUACGAUUCGCGUAACCAUCAAAUUGAGAAUCUAACGCCUAAAUGGAUAGAAAAUUAUUCGAGCGAAAAGCACGCAAAUGUCGGCAAUGUACAGACAUCCUCGGGUUCUCCGAUUCGCAGCAAAAUGAGACAUCCUUCCAUCGAGACUACGCCAAAUAUCUACAGCUCGACGUACAAGAACGAGGACACUCAGGAACUGCCAUCAGGACCAGGUAGCUACAGGGCAAAGCAAAGAAUCAAUGAAGUAACGCAUCGCCUUCAGGAUAUUCCCGAGAGCGAGUACGAUGUUACUCUAAACGACGCUCUGACGCCGACGUUGGUUCAAGAAGCUAAUUUGCCGAGCGGAUUCGUUCUACCUCUUCACAGACAGCUCGGUAGAGACACCGUGUUACAACCUUCUGAGAACAACUACAAGCUCUCCAGGCCAAUCAAUCAGCAGCAGCAACAGCAGCAUCAACAAAAAUCGUUCAUUCCGAAUCAGUUCCUACCGAGUGUCAGUAAUAAUGAUCGGAGUCGAGCAGUGUAUUACAGGACGCCGGAGGCUGUACAGAUCAGCGGAACGCAAUACAGACAGCAAAGACCGUGGCAAGAUUAUACGGCGUACUAAAGAGAUGUACACCGUAAUGUACCACCUACGAGUAUUAUGAGGAAGUGUUUGAGAUUUCACGAGGAAGUGAAGUUUGAGGCGUACAUCUUGCUUCAACGAGCGCUAAACGAGACUAAUUUAUACUGCCACCGAACGACUUAGGAAAGACACUUUCAUGGAAGAAAAACUCUGCGUUCUUUUAUGAAACUGACUUUCCGAACGGACCCAUCGCGUUCGAUUUUUAGCCCUGUUGCAAUCAGAUCGGUGUCUUUCAUUCCAAAGAACGCGCGAAGCAAUCGUCGCGCGUUCUAAAGGUAGAAAAUAAUUUACGGAUGAUUCAGUUAGAUGUUAAUAACUCGCGGGAUUUCGAGAUAAAUUAUUGCAAAUUAUAAUAAAAGAUGAGAAAAAAGAUGAGAUUAUUGUCAAUAGAUUAUUGUUGCGGAGUAGCACUAUGCCACGCCUUUGGAAAAGAAACUACAAUCAGAUACAGAGAACAAUGAGACAUCAAUCAUUCUGAUAUUAAUCGAUACUUAUUCACGCGUAUUACCGCGAUGAAAAGCAAAGGCAGGAUUAAUGUUCAACGAUAUAAAACCGAUCGCAGAUAACUCGUUCUGAGAUCUUCGCUAGAGAAAUUCUGAAUAACUAGAUCCACUUAAAAUGAUGUAGCACUACACAAAUGCUGUAGCACAUAUCAUAUAAUAAACUCGUUUCCCUUCUGAACUAGCAACGUGAUGCAAUAACAGAACUUAAUACGUGAUACAUUCUAAUAACAAUGUAAUUUGCGAUAUUAAUCAUUCACACAUAAAUCGUCACUGAAGUUUCAGGAGUGCUAAAAACAAAUCUCCAUUUUUCUUAACUAUAAACAACCUUGUAAAUAAUCGUGUAACUCUAAAAUGUGCUACGCAUGUUCGUUAAAUUGCGAUUCAAAGUAUUCAAUGUGAAAAAGAAAUUAUAUACAUUAAGUUCGUCGAAUUCGAUAGCUAUUACUAGCGGAUAAGUCUUCCUGAGCGUAUAUCUUGUCUUAAAGCUAUGUCGAUAUAUUUACGUAUGAUAUAAAAGAGU